UAUUUCUAUAGGAUUUCCUUUUUCUUGCUCAACACCUCUCUCUCUCUAUCUAACUCUUACAGAAAUGUGUUUUGUGCUAUCUUGCUAGGGUUUUGAAAUCUGGGUUUUGGUUUUUUUGGGCUUUUUUGCAUUCUUGUUGCUGGGUUUUGGUUUGUGAAGUUACUACUGUUUAAGCUUCUGGGGUCAGUUAGAUUGCUGCUUUUACUAGUGGGGGGGUUCUGGUGCUUUGGUGGUGAAAGGCCAGUGUUUUCUGUUUAAGCGUGAUUGCUAUUUCGAAGAGCAUUUUGGUGGUUAUUCAAAUGCUCGAAGAUUUUGGAUGAUAGUUGGAGGUUGGAAAGACAGGGCAAAAGUUGUUGCCUAGUUUUUCUGUGUGUGUGGCAUUAGAAAGUGCAUCUGAUUUGUUGCUCUUGGAUUUCAACCAAGCAUGGAGUGCAACAAAGAUGAGGCCAUAAGAGCAAAGGAUAUCGCGGAGAGGAAGAUGCAAAAUGGUGACUUUGAAGGCGCAAAGAAAAUUGCAUUGAAGGCGCUGCAACUCUACCCUGAUCUUGAGAAUAUUUCCCAAAUGUUGGCGGUCUGUGAGGUUCAUUGUUCUGCACAAAAUAAACUAUACGGGUCAGAAAUGGAUUGGUAUGGAAUUCUCCAAAUUGAACGCUUUUCUGACGAGGCAGUUAUCAAGAAGCAAUACAGAAAGUUUGCGCUCUCGCUUCAUCCAGACAAGAACAAGUUUUCUGGUGCAGAGGCGGCUUUCAAACUGAUUGGUGAAGCAAAUAGGGUGCUUACAGACCCAGCCAAGCGUUCUUUGUAUGAUUUGAAGUGUAAACGUUCAGUGAGACCUCCUGCACCAAGGCCGACAUCCCAUCAGUCAAAUCAGAACUCCAUUGCCAAGAAGCAGCAUGAGGCUAACAAAUUUUCUAGCGCGCCUGGUUCACAGUACAUGAGUGCGCAUCCAUACCAGCCACAGCGACCAACAUUCUGGACAUGGUGCACCUCUUGUAAUAUGAGGUACCAGUACUACAGAGAACUUCAAAAUAAAACUUUGCGCUGUCAAAGUUGCCAGAAUUCUUUCAUUGCAAUCAAUUUGGAUAUUCAUGGAGUGCUUAAUGGAUCACCCUGGAGUCAAUUCCCCAAUCAGAAUGGAGUUCCAAAUCAGGGGCCCUCUAAAGUUGUUCCACAAAGAAACAGUGGAAAGCCUUCUGGUGCUAGUUUUUCAGACAGGUUUAGACCAGUUGACAUUGGUGGGAGUUCUAAACCGAGUGAGGUGAAAGCAGGAAAUAACAUAAAAAAUGGUGGUGCUUCCAAAGAUUUGGGAACUUCUAAAGGUGCAAGCAGGAAGAGAGGAAAGCAGUCUCGAGUGGAAUCUAGUGAGAGUUUUGAGACAGGAAGCAAUGAUGACAGUGAUGAAGAUGUGGUUAUUCAAGAAAAUAGAAGUAGUAUUUCUGGACAGAAUUCAGGAUCCUGUGGAGGCAAUCAACCUAGGAGAUCUUCAAGGCAAAAGCAGAAUGUUUCUUACAAGGAAAAAUUAAUUGAUGAUGAUGAUUUUUCUGUAUCCGCAUCAAAAAGACAGAGGGUGAAUGGAUUGUCUAGUGUCAUUGAAGAGGAGAUUAAAGAAGCAGUCAGGGAUGGCAGGUUACAUAAGGAGCAAUCUUCAGCUGGUGUGGAUGCUGCUGCAGUGGAUAGAAAUAAGAAGGAGGUCAAGCAAAGGUCAAGUUCGGUUCUGGAAGAAAGCUUGUCAAAUAAGAAAAGCAAAACUGGUGUGUUCACGAAGAGGGAGGAAGCAUCCACGGUGGAGAAAGCUGAUGCACUAUCAGAUAAUAAAGAUGGAAAACCCAAAGCUGAUGACAUUAGAAAUCCAGAGACAUUAGAAAUCCCUGAUCCAGAUUUCAGUAAUUUUGAGAAUGACAAGGCUGAAAACUGUUUUGCUGUUAAUCAAAUGUGGGCUAUUUAUGAUGAUACAGAUGGCAUGCCAAGAUUCUAUGCUCGGAUCAAGAAAGUUCUCUCACCUGGUUUCAAGCUACUGAUAACUUGGCUCGAGGCUAGCUCAGAUGUCGCACAUGAGAAAGACUGGUCAGACAAGGAUUUGCCUGUUGCAUGUGGUAAGUUUGAAAGUGGGGACACUCAAAGAACUGCAGAUCGUGCUAUGUUCUCUCAUCAGAUGUGCUUUAUGAAUGGCAAUAGCAGAGGCAGUUACUUGAUAUAUCCUCAAAAGGGGGAAACCUGGGCACUCUUCAAGGAUUGGGAAGUGAAAUGGAGUUCUGAACCAGAAAAGCAUAGACCACCUUACAGAUUUGAAUUUGUGGAGGUCCUAUCAGAUUUUGAUGAGAACUUUGGCAUUGGAGUUGCGUAUUUACAAAAAGUGAAUGGAUUUGUCAGCAUUUUUCGGCGAGCUGCUCGUGAUAGGGUCAUCCAAUUUUGCAUUCCACCAACUGAGCUGUACAAGUUUUCACACCGGAUUCCUUCGUUUAGAAUGUCUGGCAAGGAAGGAGAUGGUGUUCCUGCUGGGUCUUUUGAACUUGAUCCUGCUUCUCUGCCUAGCAAUCUUGAUGACCUCAGCGAUCCCAGUGAUACUAAGCUGGAAAAGGAAAAUGUGCAUAAUCAAUCAACUAAUUUGUGUUCUCAAUCUCCCAAAAGUGAAUUGAAAACCACAAAGGUCUCCAGGAAGAUUUGCACGCCCAAGAAAUAUGAGAGUGGACCAGAAAUAGGGAGCUCAAUCUUUGGAAAAUCUCCAACAGACACAAUUGUAAUUGUUGCAGGUCUAUGUGCAAGAAACUGGGAUGGUAGGAAGGUCAAAGACCCCGGCAACAUUGCUCAGCCUGGAGGAAUUAAUAUUUCAUCCCCAGCUAAAGAUAGGAUUGAGACCCCUGAGAAACAGAAUAAGAGUGAACUUGUAGCAGAUGCAUUGACACCUAGAAGAUCUCCAAGGGAUUUAAGUAACAGAAAUGGUGAAGUUAAUGCUAGUCAGGGUAUGACUGAGGGGGAUCCUCAAAAGAAUACUGCAGCCAACAAUGAUGUAAGCCGUGGGAAACCAAGUUCUUUGUUGAGUCAACCUGAUGAUAUGAUGCAUGCGAAGGAUGGUGGUUCAGUUGGUCUCAUAAUAAGUGGUAUAUCUUCUGGUCGUAAAGUUGUAGAGCUAGAAGUAGAGUGCUAUAAUUUCGAGAGGGAAAAGUCACAGGAUAAAUUUCAGCUUGAUCAAAUAUGGGCACUUUACAGCAAUGAUGGUGGGCUGCCCAGGAAUUAUUGUCAAAUCAAGGUGAUUGAUUCUACCCCUAAUUUCAGAUUGCAUGUGGCAAUGCUUGAAGCGUGCUCGCCUCCAAAAGAUGCAAGGCGGCCAGUUUGUUGUGGUAUAUUUAAAGUUAACGAUGAUGAAACCAAGGUGCUCUCCACUUCUAAAUUCUCUCAUCUGUUGAAAGUUCAAUCCAUCGGGAACAGCAAGUAUGAAAUUCACCCCAGAAAAGGCGAGAUAUGGGCACUAUAUAAGAACUGGAAUUCUGAGUCAUGUUCAGACCAGAGCGUUGGUGAAUCUGACAUUGUUGAGUUGCUGGAAGAUAAUGAAUGCAGUGUGAAAGUUGUAGUUUUGAUUCCUGCUAGAGUAAGUGAAUCUCCUGGUAGAAAUAAAUGUUUUUACUGGGCUCCUAGAAUCCAAAGAUCAAAAACUGGGGUUCUGGAUAUACCACGAGCCGAGUUUUGUAGAUUUUCACAUCAGUGUUCUGCUUUCAAGCACGCUGGAGAGAAAGGUAAGUGCCCGAGAAGCUAUUGGGAGAUUGAUCCUUCAUCAAUUAUUUCUAAUCCUGUAAUUUUGGUAGAUUGAAUUGGCAGGUAGUGCAUGUUUGAGCAUCCCUUUUAAUCCGGAAUGUAUAGGAUUACUACCCAAUUGUUUCCUGUGAGAAACAUAAGUUAGUUGAAACUUGAUGAACAAUGAUCUUUUCUGUUUUAGGUCUGGAACCAAUCAUCUCAACUGUUCUCUUUUGCUGUUUCCAGACAUGUUAAUAGGCUUCUAGACUCUCUGAUGAAUGCUAAUGAACUAGUGUUGCAUUUCAGGUUAUAUACAAUUCGUUUCCUUUA